UGUUAACAGCAUACAAGACAAUAAGACAGUUCAAGUAGCUUCAUCCUAUAAGCAAAAUGCAACUAAACACAUUGUUGAACUUAAUUUGUGCGUCUGUUUUACUCAGUCAAAAUCAUAAAAGACCACUGGCAACCGUACAACGGGAAGUGUCCCUCAUCGACGAUGAUUCUCUCAUCAAUUCUUGUUUCAAAAUUGGAAUCCAGAAAAUAGAUUUAGGAGAAGCUGCUAACAUUCCAGUGGACUUAUUUCAUCUAGGAACUCUACUGAAUAUAUCUUCAAACACUACUGUUUGCGAGACUCAUGAAUGCUUAAGAGCAGCUGAUGAAAUUUUAUUUAAUUUGGAUGAGGAUGCUAAUCCUUGCGAGGAUUUUUAUCAAUUUGCCUGUGGGGGUUGGAAGGACAGACAUGCUGAUGAUGCUACCGUUUUUACAGAUGCUGAAGAUGCUAUGAAUUUGAAAUUCAGAGGUAAAUAA